UGGAGUUUCCUGCAUUUGUAUUUCUGUUUAUUUUAGCCUGUAGCAGGGACCAAGCACAUAGACAAUUAAGUUCCGGAUACGACUGGUUUCGUUUUUAAGCGUAGUCGGUACCACGUAGCGCAACUUCCCUCCUGCAUACCCUGCGUGCUUCGCGCUGCCCCGCACGGGAGGCUGCAGCUUUGGUGUAGGACGCUUCUAGCUGGGGGCCAGUCCCCUCUCCCCAUAAAUUUCAUCGUGCUUGCUGUGAUCUUGGAAGAGCUUCUGGAGAUUUACUAGAGAGGAGAAGAUUUACCAGGAGUGAGAAAAGACAAUGGAUCCAGACUUUUUAAAUAUAUUUACACAACCUGCUGCACUUAAUGAAUUCCUAGCUGAGAAUGUCAUCGCUCAAGGUGAGAGGAGGAAACUCAUAAAACCGACCUCAAGCAACAAUGCCAAAUUGGAAGAAUUAAAACUGUUAUUGAUUGACUGGAUUAACACAACUCUGAAAGAGGAACACAUAGUAGUUAAAAGUCUGGAAGAAGAUCUGUAUGAUGGGCUGGUACUUCAUCAUCUUUUGGAAAACCUAGGAUCUCUCAAGCUGGAUGUUGACAAGCUCGCAUUAACAGAAAAAAAACAGCGACAGAAACUCUCUGUGAUUCUGGAAGCUGUGGCUAAGUGUUUGCAACUGGAAGAAAGUCAGCUGAAGUGGAGUGUGGAAUCUAUCCUGACAAAGGACUUACUGAGCACACUGCAUCUUCUGGUUGCAAUAGCAAAGCACUUCCAACCCACCCUGGCCAUGCCUCCAAAUGUUCAAGUGGAAACAAUCACCAUUGAGAACACCUCCAGAGGAUUAAAGACAGCAAGUGCAGUGGAAUAUAUCACAGAAAAUAAAGACAAUUUAGAAGCGCAGACAAAAAAUGAUGCCUUUGAUGAAUUAUUUAGCCAUGCUCCAGAUAAACUGGAUGCUGUAAAAAAGGUGUUUUUGCAAUUUGUCAACCAGCAUGUUGCAAAAUUAGGAUUAAAUGUGAAAGACAUCGAAUCUCAGUUUGCAGAUGGAGUUAUCUUACUUCUGUUAAUUGGACAACUGGAGGGUUACUUUCUGAAUUUAAGGGAUUUCUUCCUGACUCCAUCCAGCACCACAGAGAUGCUUCACAAUGUUAACCUUGCAUUGGACUUGCUGACAGAUGGAGGUCUUCUGAAUUUUUCUGUGAACUCUGAAGAUAUUGUCAAUGGAGAUAUGAAGACUAUAAUGCGGAUUCUGUAUUGCUUGUACUCUAAAUACAAGACCAAAGAAACAUGAAGAGCAAGGCCAAGAGCUUGGCCUUUUUUCUUGUUUUCAUAGCAUAUCAUGGUCUCAUUUUUGGAUUCCCAGCUCUGUUUGCCACUGUUUAUGUGUAUGCACUUGUGUUUGACACUUGCCAUAUUAACACUGUAUAUACAAGUAUGUAUUCAUUCAAUGUUUCACAUAUAUCACCUGAAUAACUGUAAGUAUGUGUGUGUCCAGAGCCAGUGUACUGUGUAAUUCUGUGGUGUAGCUCUUACUCCAGCCCUGUCUCUUGUUCUCUCUGAGUCCCACUAAUGCUGCAAAGAAGUGCAAUGUGUGUUUAUUCUGGACUGUGGAUUCUUUGCCUCUGGAGAUGAAUUUGGAAGCUGUUAUUGCCACCUCCCCACUUCCAUGCUUCUGAUUCACCUCUCUAGUUUCCAGAGUGAAAGACCCACCAUGGCAUCUCUGGGAAGAUUGCAGACAUGCUUGAAGCUCAAGUUCAAAACCUUUUUUACACAGGUGGCCAGCUGUUGUCACAUAAGAAGACGUGGACUGGGCACCAAAUGAGUAGGUUGCUGAAAUGAAAUCAGAACUUACCAAGUGUUUGAUAAAAGUUUCACCAUUUGCCUGCUCAAACAUGGAAAGGGGACCCAGAAUAACAUGCUGGUGUGAGACCAUGCAGUAACAGAGGGGUCUCCUGCACAGCUGUGGAAAGUUGCCCUUAUUUUCUUGCUAAGCAAAUGCCAAACUGUGGCCAGCUCCAGCCUCUUGCAGCCCUAAUGUAAUGUCUGACUAGGGGGAAUGCCAAUUCCUGUGUCGAGCAGGUUAUAGGAGUGUCUAACGCAAUGGCACUUUCUCUCCGGUGAGAGGUGGAUAGAUUCUGGUUUCCUCUGCAGCUGGUCAAGGCCAUCAUGGACAGUAGUGAAACUCUCAGCUGCUGGCACUUCUGACAGCAUACUCAUGCUGUGGGGGCUCUCAAACCCCUCUGAGACUCUCUUAGAUUAAUUUGUCCAGCGACAUCCCCAAGCAUCCCAGAGCCCCCUCUGAAUGCAGCGAGGCUAGCCACAAUUUAUGUUAGCUGUCACCCUUGGUCUUUCUGGGGCAUCUUAAACAGGAAUUCCUUUAAAUCCACCAUCUACUUUCUUGACCUUAAAAUUAUGUCAUGUUUAUGUUGGAUAAAGCUGGAGAUGUAAUUAAGAAAAAAAAAAAAGAUGUUUUGGUAUUAUUUUGGCUUCCAUUUAAACUGAUUUAAUAUCCUGUCGUCAGUGACUGACAUUUGAUCUCUGUUUUGAUCCUCCAUCUGUGUGUUAACGGGAAACCAAAACUCGCCUAGCGUGGGUGCUGACAUUUACAGAUGAGAAUUUGUUGUGUCUAGUUCUGGAUCACACAGGCUAAGAAAGAUCCUUAGAUAGCAAUGCUGAUAAGUCUUCGAGUCCUGUGUUUGAAAAUGGUAAUACUGCACAGCUGCUGGAGGAACGAAUUCUGCAAACUGCCCUGAGCCUAAUCCUUUUUGCACCAAUAAUUACCUUGUUGUUUUUACAGAGGAAAAUCCAAUGUGUGGUGCCGAUGAGCUACAAGAAUAUCAACUUACUUCCUUAGAAAAUUAGUUGUGUGUGCUGUUUUGAAUGAUUUAAGUAAAAAAUACUUGGGUUUUUUGUUUUUUUUUUUUUCAUGUGCAAGUCUCUGUAGGUAUCUUGCUUUAUUCCUUAACGGGCUUCAAGCAAUCGAAUGGGAAACCUCAGAAGUUUGUUCUUGCUUCACAGAUCCCUGCUGCUGUUGCGGUAACAUGGCAAGCGGAUUGUAGAAGAAAUCGUAAUCGAGCAGAUAAAACUGGGAUGUGGCUUGGGGCAAGCGAGCAGGAGGGCAUUUGGUGGUGAUACAGUGGCAGCAUGGCCUUUUCCGCCAAGGAAGCCAAUAUGAAUCUCUUCCCUGGUGCUGGUGACCAUAUGUCGUUUCCAGGCAUGACCUAGAGGGUAUGAAAAAGUCAGUGGUGGGGGUUAGCUGGUGCUGCCCUCGUCUGAUGGUUAUUGCUACUCAAGGAAACAGUUGGAUUUUUCUCUGUGUGUUCUGAGUUUUGCGGUCCACUCCUCUGGCAUGAGUAAAUCUGGUGCUUGUACUUCUGCAGAUUUCUGGCAGGGGAAGUCUAGUUCUUGGUAUUUAAUAAAUGAAAGGAUCAUAUUCCCCUUCCAACACCAGCUUGCCUAAACCUUUUAUGAACAAGUCAUUCUUUUGAAAACAUACAGGGGGAAAAAUGACAGCUAAUGUACUUGAAUCAAAAAUAUAGCGAGACCAAAUAUGAAUGUUUUAAUCUGUUUUUUAUGCUGCCAGCCAAUUUAUAACACGCUUGACAUCUCUGAACACUUUGAUAAAGAGCCUGUGUUUGAUUCCUAAAACAUGCUAGAGAAUUUUACUAAUCCAUCAUACAGGCACCCACUCCAUAAAUUGGUGUAGAAUAUGCAAGUGCACUAUUUACAUUUGAGAUGUAGUCACAGACUUGGCAUAGUUUUAAUAGUAACUAUAAAGUGACAGAGCUAAAAAGAAUAUUCCGACAGUACGAAACUGGGGAAAAAAGAAAUAUAUGUUAUUGUUCUUAGAUGUUACUUUUGCCUUACAUCAAGGUAACCUGUUUCCCUUUUCUCUUAUAUUUAUAAGUUAAUGAAAACCAAAGCUGCUUACUGUUUAAGCUGGCAAGUUAACUAUGAUAUUUUGAAUAAACUAAGCUCUCUCUAUGCGAGCCUGUUCAUUGACACAUAAUUAAGUUUACAAUUCUCAUGUUUAAACCCUAGAUAGUAAGCUGUUUGUGAUGGAAAAGCGUGGUGGACUAUUAAGGUGUUGGGGUUUUUUUUAUCGUGCUGUGUAGCUCGGUCUGCAAAUUUAACUGCAGUGACUGUUCAGUUUUCCAACAGAGUCGUUGACUGGCUGUGUCUUACUCUGUUUCCAAGGAAGAACAUGCAGUCUGUUUACCUUUUAAAUAACCGGUAAAUGGUCCAAGAAUUUCUAAGCCAGAGAAGAGCCCUACAGGAGCUUCUGUUGUUAUCCUUGUCUCAAAGAUAAGUGGUGCCGUGGCUUGGCAGCAGGGCAACGGCCAGGACAUGAAACAGAUCUGAAGUGUUUCUGACUCCUGCUUGCUGUCAUCUUUCUGUUGUCCUGUCUUUCCAAAAUACGCGGCCUCAUAACUAUAAAGAUGUCUUCCCAGAGGCGGAGGGGCAAGGGUCUGUGGAGAGAAGCGCAGGUGGAGAGGGCACAGUUACCAUGAUGAUUUUUAGGGGAAAGUGCACAGAAGUUUUUGUUAAUGGGAUCAUGGGACUGAGACAGGUACUGGCUGUAAAGCCUGGGAAAGCAAACUAGGGAUCUGUCCCUGCUGUCAAACCCCCUUCUCCUCCUUGGAAGGAGGAUUACAUUGCCAUUUUUUUCAUGCCCUCAUUUGGAUACAGCCCUCUGAGCGGGACCUUGCUGAUGUGCCUCUCUGGGAACUGGCCCGUUAAAUUCCAGAGGGAAAAUGCUGGCAGUCCCCAAAUGCACUUGGUGGGUGGGGGCAGCACCUCCACUUAUCUGAGGCGGAGCCUGUUCUUAGUGCCUGUCCUUUCUUUCUUCUUUUUCCCCCCUUCUUUUCCUAUGGUUUCUAUUGUGUUGCUUCUUGCAACAGUCGCUUCCGAAAGUCUCUUUGGCAAUUAGGCUUUCAAACCAUGAAAGCAGAUAAUUCAAAUUCUUCCCCUCCAUGAGCUUGAAGGGCAUGUGUGUGUUUGUGUCUGUGUGAAGUGAUCUUGCUGUUCUUUCUCUUUCAGGCUUCUAAAAUUUCCCCAAAGAAUAAAAGCCAUUGUCAGUUCUUACACAAGUGAUUUUUUCUUUCUAGUCAAUUAAUAUUGUAAUAAAGAAUAAAUUAAAGUGUUACUUUGGAGAAAACAAAAUUCUGUAUAUGAGCCCUUCUACUUGCUGUGGGGAUGGAUUG